UGACAAGAAAAGAGAAGGGAGAAAAGUUUCUAAAGAUGCUUUUUCUUCAAAAAUCGAAGUGAUUCUUACUCUUUCUUCACUUACUGACUCUCUCUCUCCAAUCUCUUCCCCUAUAUUCACGCCGUGCUCACUUCCAAAAGCAAAAUCAUAACACAAUCCACACACAAAACAACACCAUUCCUAGAUUUCUAUUAAUCCAAACAAUCUCCUCUCUUUCUCUCUUCUGCUUUGGUCACAAGCACAAAGAAAAAAAGAACAAAAGAUGACUGAGUUAUCCUUCUCAAACACUUCCACCAAGAAGAAUGAGUUAUCCAGUAACCUCUUUUCCAUCUUCUUCAACUUAUGUUUCUCCAUUUGUUCUCAUCCUUUGUACUUCUCCUACUUCAUCUUCUUCUCCCCUUACCUCCUAAGGCUCCUCUCUUUCCUCUCCCCUUUGUUCAUCACCACAGCCCUUCUCCUUGUUGCCCUUCUCACUUUUACUCCCAACAAUCUUGUUCAGGACAAGUGCGGUUCUGAGCCUUCUGAGUCCAAAUGGGGCAUUCUUCUUUCUGUCUUGCAAUAUUUUCUUGCAUGGCUGCACUCCAAGGCUGAUGAGAUGGAUGAGGACAUGGGGUUGCUAGGUGAGGUUGAAGCAUAUCUUGUCAUGUUCCAAGCAUCAAUCUUUGAAGUGUUUGAGCCUAAGUCAGUGGAAGAAUGUUCAGAAGGAGUUGAAGCGGUUGAUGUCGAGUGCUUAACUGAAGAAAGAGAAGAUUCUUGUCCAAUUGGAGAUCCAAAGCCUGGUGCCAAAUUGGAUGAAAACCCUGUUCCACAACCAAAAAAGUUCGAUUUUCCAUUGGAAGAUUUGCCUAUAUUUAGUGCCCGACAGAGUUUUGAACAAGAUUGUCCCCAAAGGAAGAUACAUGUGGAGAAGCAAACAGUGUUGGAUGAAGACAGUGUUGAAAAAGUUGAUGAAGUGAAGAGCCUAGAAAGCUUGUUCCAAGAAAAUGAAGGGUUGGAAGAUUUGUGUUGUGAAAAGGAGCAGAAAGAAGUGAAGCCACUGAUUGCUGAGUUCAACAAAGUUGAAGAAAGUAAAGAGAAAGUGGGCUUGAGAAGUGGAUCCAAAGUGAGUCCUAUGAGUGAUGGAGAAUUUGGUUUUGCUGCAUCAGGGAGGGUGAAGUCUUUAUCACAAAGACUGGAAGCAAACAUUGGGAGUCCAGAAAGCAACUGGGUGUACAGUGGAAAAGGCAUAGGAAAUGGUGAAGCAUUUGGGUCGAAUCAUGGGGGUUUUGGUUCAAUGAGAGUGGAGAAAGAGUGGAGGAGGACCUUGGCCUGCAAGCUGUUUGAGGAAAGGCACAAUGCAGAUGGGAGUGAAGGAAUGGACAUGCUUUGGGAGACUUAUGAGACAGAGUCCAACAAGGUUCUGCAGAAGAGCAAGACCAAGAAAGGGAAGAAGGGUGAGGUUGAGAAAAAUGAGGAAGAGGAAGAGGAAGAGGAGGACAUGGAGGGUAAGUUGUGCUGCUUACAGGCUCUCAAAUUCUCAACAGGGAAGAUGAAUUUAGGAAUGGGAAGACCUAAUCUUCUCAAAUUCUCCAAGGCCAUCAAAGGCAUUGGAUGGUUGCACCAUGUUGGCAAGCAUGGCAGAAAAACUAGCCAUUCAAAUUAGAUUUUCCUUUUAUUUUAUUUUUUUUUUUGUCACUUUGAUAAGACAGAAAUUGUGCAUUUCUUUGAUGAUCAUCAGAAGUAAAUAUUUUGUAUGUCAAUAUAAUGCCUUUUCCUUUC